AUGACUACAAACAAGUAUACUUUUUCAGGAAAGGCUGAUUUUGAAAGGAGUUUACGUAUAAAAUCUCGAGGCUCAGGGUCUCGUGAGGUUAGAAUCUACAAAAAAUUUAAAAAAUCCACUGCAAUCGCAAGCUCUCCAAGUAUGUCAACAAAAGAAAGUUUAAUAUGCAGUUUUCAAAACCAAAGCAUUGAAUCUAUUUCUGGGCAUGUCUGUCAGAAUAAGCCCCCUCGUGUGCCUCCACUUCUAACUAAAACAAUUUUGCAGCAUAAAAAUAAAGAGAAAAGUGAGAGAGGUACUUUUACUCAAGCUGAUGAUUUCUUUUUCCUUAAUCAACAUAGGUAAUUUUUACUCACCCCACUUUCCACCGUGAGUAAAAAAAAAAAAUUUUUGUUGGCUCGAGGAGAUUGGCCAUUUUUUAUUUAUAUAUAAAUUUUAUUUUCAAUCUUUCCCUAAAAAUAGUUUAAUUUGUAAAAUUAUGUUUUAAAAUUCAAGCUGUUUAAAAUUAAACAGAAUUAGCUAGAGAUCAUAUCCUAAUUAUCACUUAUAUAAAUAAAAAUUUGUUUUUCUCUUACAGAGGGUGGUUUUUGAUCCAAAAAUUAGAAAUUUUUCUAUUGAAUUUGUUCACUCAAGGAGAAAUAUGGGAGUCAGAAAAAUCGAAAUAAUUAAAUCUCGGCAAUUUUUUAGCUCAAAAUUACCGUUUUGAUUCCAAGAUGCAAUUUUGUUUGAUAUUUCAACAAAAAGAUCAAGCAAUUCCAAUCGCUGCUUGCAUAUAGAAGAUUUAAUUCCUAAAUCCUUUCUGUUAUCGACCUAAAGAAUUUUUCUUGCUCAGAUGAAGCGUAGUAAAUUUUAUAUAGAGGCAUAGCCUGUAUAAAUUUUAAUUUAAAUUUGUUUUCAAACAAAUUUAAUUUAUAAAUUUGGUUUUAGAAUGCGAGUUGUCUAAAUUUAACAGAAUUAGCUAGAGAUCCGUCUAUAUUAAAAAAUUUUUGCUCACUCAUAGCAUUAUUUUUACCAAAAAUAGGGGUUUUGCCAAUAUUUUUUCUCACUCAUGAAGUAUUAAGGAUAUUAAAAGAUCAGAUUUUGUGAAAUGGGUAAACUGCAUGACUGAAAAUAGAAACUAA